AUGGCCAGCAUCUGCUCUUUUGCGGCGCAGGAAGGAACGGGAGACGAUUAUGCUGCCGCCUCAAUGGCUGUGGGAUAUGCUAGACGAGUUCGUGUAUCAGUUUCAGGAUGCCAGUCGCUGGCUACAGAGGCGGUGCAAGGCCCUUGCAGAUUCUCCGGAUCGGAAAAAGCUUCUCAGCGAGCUGGAAGGGGUAGCGUGUAUGCAUGUCUAGAGAGAUGGAUAUAUUCUACAUACGGAGUGUGCGUAUCGUGCAUAGGUGUAUAUGUAUAUGAACACAUGGUUCAACAGAGUGGGAUUAAGCAGAUGCUGCAGCAACAGCGUCAAGAUCCCAUCGGCACCAAAGGCAUCGAGUCAGAACUGGGCUAUCAGCUGGGUUACUUCGCGCUUAUUCUCCAGCUGAGACUUCACGUUCAGGUGGGGUUGUUUUACAGCGGCGUGGCUGCCGUAGAAGAUAUCGAAUUGAGCACGAAAGCCUUCUACUGGCGGGUCCCCGCGGCGCAUGCCUCCUUCCUCUUCCACCUAGGCUUCGCCUACAUGAUGCUCAGGCGGUAUCAGGAUGCAAUCCGUGUCAUGUCUCAGGCGCUGUUGAGUCUGUCUCGCCAGAGAGGACAGCUUGCCUCCGCUUCUAGCCUUCUGAACUCCUCCGUCAGCAGGGCAUCAGACCGCAUGCACGUGUUGUUGCUGCUCUGCACGAAACUGAGUGGCACAAAGCUCGACGACUCCAUCCACCAAGCGAUCAAAGAGAGAUACAGCGACAAAUUCUACAAAUUGCAGCAGGAAACUGAGGAGGCCUACUGUGAACUCUUCACAUGGGCGGCUCCCCGCUUCAUCGACCCUGCUGCGCCUCCCACGUAUGACGAUGAGGCCUUUGAGAAGUUUGUUUCUGGCCGAGCCGAGAUCAGACUCCGCGUCUGCAAGCUUUUCCUUAAGGAUGUGGAAAGCCGUCGCAAAGUGAACACGAUCAAUUCUUUCACGAAGCUGUAUCACAACAUUCCUCUCGCUAAGCUGGGACGCUUGAUGGACGAGAAUGCAGAGGAGCCAGAAUCGCGUGUUCGCGCCGAUCUGAUGACGGCGAAAUUGCGAAGUCACCAGAGGGUGUGGAAGAAUGGUUCCCUUCUUUCCGGAGAUCUGCAGCAGCCGCAUGUAGAGGGCGCGGUGGACUUCAAGAUCGAAGGCGACAUGGUCCACAAUCAGCAGACCCAGCGUGUCUUUGUCGAUUACUUCGUAAAGCAAAUUGAGAGGACGGAGAGUCUCAUUUCUGCGGUCCAGCAUGCUGUUAUUGCACCUGCUCCACAACUACAGACAAUGCAGCAGCAGCAGCAGGACAGCCCGAGUGGGAACAGAGAUCGGCGAAAGCCCCAAGCUGCCUUUUAG